UGUUUCCAACUACCGCUUUCAGCCUUCCGGGGGCAAAAAAUAAAAUAAAAUAAAAUUCAGCAAAUCAGCAACGCAAAAAGCAUCAGUUUCUUCAUUUCUUUUCCGUUCUCCUCUCCUAACGCAUCACGCCGGAAUAUUGGGCUCCUUCGGGUGGUAAUUGAUGGAUGCAACUAAUGGAUUGCAAACUCCACAGCUAACUUUUGAAGAGGAAGUGAAAGCAUUUUUUGAUUCAGCUCCUCCUUUGCAAAACUGUGCUGAAAUAAGUGAAAAAUUAAAGGAAUUUAUUGCACGCAAUUCUCAGCAUUCUGAUGGGAAUGCCAAAAGAGUUGUUUGUGUGACAUCUGGUGGUACCACUGCUCCAUUAGAGCAACGCUGUGUCCGAUAUGUUGACAAUUUUAGUUCAGGCCAUAGAGGAGCCACAUCCACAGAGUACUUUUUGAAGGCUGGAUAUGCUGUCAUCUUUUUGUACCGAAGGGGAAGUUUCCAGCCAUUCUGCAGAUCCCUGCCUGAUGAUCCCUUACUUGAAUGCUUUGAGUCUAACGAUGAUUCCAAUAUUCGAGUUCGUGAGGUCCAUGCUGAAGCAGUAAAGAGGGCUAUCAUUGAACACGAAGCUGCAGUAGCAGAUGGUCUCCUACUAAAACUUCCAUACAGAACAAUAUUUGAGUAUCUUCAAAUGUUGCAAAUGACUGCAAUGUCAAUGAGGUGUCUAGGGCCACGUGGAAUGUUCUAUCUUUCAGCUGCAGUAUCUGAUUAUUAUGUUCCUUGGAAAGACAUGGUGGAGCAUAAAAUUCAAUCAGGAUCUCACCUUUUGGACGUGAAACUCGUCCAAGUGCCCAAAAUGUUGUUGGUGCUUGGGGAAGAAUGGGCUCCAUCAGCCUUCUGCAUAUCUUUCAAGUUAGAGACAGAUUCAAACAUUCUUCUAAAGAAAGCUGAUAAAGCUCUUAGAAAGUACAAGAUGCACGCGGUUGUUGCAAAUGAACUCUCAACUCGCAAGGAGGAAGUGGUGGUUGUCACUAGUUCUGAAAAGAUCACUGUUCGGCGAAAUACGAGUCAACCAGGUGAUGAUGUAGAGAAUCCCCUAAUCAAGCUCCUUUCUGGGAGACAUUUAGCUUAUAUUGAAGAAUCUAGCAGUAUCAGAUGAGUCAAAAGAAUGAGAUGCUAAAUAGGAUCUAACUUUUCACUUCUCCGACUUGUGGUUAUAGUCAGGAUCUUCUGAAAUGUUCUUUAACUGAAGUGAAGAAAGAGAGAUGGGACAGACAUGGAUAGAAGUGGGGCCUGCUCUUCUCUUCUCUCUCUCUCUCUCUCUCUCCCUCCCUCUCUCCCUCUCCCCCCAUUUCAGCUAAAGCAUGCUUGGGAGGAUCCUGAUCACUUGUGUUUUUAGGGUGCUAAAAGAAUCGUUUGAAUUUAAUGACUUCAUCAGCCAUAAGAAGAAUUAGGCACAAAACAGAAAUAAGGCAGAAAAGAGAAGAAAUAUAGACGCCCUUGUACGAACUGAACUUUUUAUUUUUUGUUCUAUGAUUAUCCUUAUGUAUGCUAUAAACUUCCAUGAUUAAGUGAAUUGUAUCGUGAAUGUUUAUGUC